GGAAGUGACGUAGCUGUUGCUAAAGUAAGAUGGCGUCGACAGCGUUUUAAUCAAAACACAACCAUCAACCAUAAAGAAGGCACGAUACUUAGCAUUUUUUAGCGUCUGAAGAAGAAAAUACCAGCCGUUAUAUAGUCCGUUUGAUCUUGUCAAGAUGGCAGAUCCCGCCUUGACCGAGCCGACCAGCACUGGCUCAGAGGGGAUCGUGGGUCUGGACGAGCCCAAAAAGAUGACAAGGGAGGAUUGGAGGAAGAAGAAGGAGCUGGAAGAGCAGAGGAAACUGGGAAACGCUCCAGCUGAGGUGGACGAGGAGGGAAAGGACAUUAACCCUCAUAUCCCACAGUAUAUUUCAUCAGUGCCAUGGUACAUUGAUCCAUCUAAAAAACCAACACUAAAGCAUCAGAGGCCACAGUCUGAAAAAGAGGCACAGUACUCAGCCAUUGGGGACUGGUACAAGAGAGGAGUGCAAGAGAAUUCAGUUAUUACUAAAUACCGUAAAGGAGCUUGUGAAAACUGUGGGGCCAUGACACACAAAAAGAAAGACUGUUUGGAGCGACCCAGAAAAGUUGGGGCAAAAUUCACAGGAACAGGCAUAGCUCCAGAUGAACAUAGUCAGAUACAGCUUGCAUUGGACUAUGAUGGAAAACGCGAUCGUUGGAAUGGAUAUGACCCUGAGGAGCAUCAGCGCAUUGUUGAGGAGUAUGCCAAAGUAGAUCUGGCCAAAAGGACUCUGAAAGCCCAGAAACUUCAAGAUGAAUUGGCCUCAGGGAAACUAGACCCAACUCAGGAGCGGGAACACAACAGUGAGGAUGAAGAUGAAGACAAAUACGCAGAUGACAUUGACAUGCCUGGUCAGAACUUUGACUCUAAGAGACGAAUCACUGUCAGGAAUCUGCGUAUCAGAGAAGACACAGCAAAAUAUCUGAGAAAUCUGGAUCCAAAUUCAGCUUACUAUGAUCCGAAAACCCGAGCUAUGAGAGAGAACCCAUAUUCCAACACUGGCAUGAACCCUGAUGAAGUGGGGUAUGCUGGAGACAACUUUGUGCGCUAUUCUGGGGACACAAUCACCAUGGCACAAACACAGUUGUUUGCCUGGGAGGCUUAUGAGAGGGGCUCUGAGGUCCAUCUUCAGGCCGACCCCACCAAGCUUGAGCUGCUUCACCGCUCCUUCAAAGUCAAGAAGGAGGACUUUAAAGAGGAACAGAGGGAAGGGAUCUUGGAGAAGUAUGGAGGUCAAGAGCACCUGGAUGCACCACCACGGGAGUUGCUGUUGGCUCAGACGGAGGAUUACGUGGAGUAUUCUCGUCAUGGUGCUGUACUGAAAGGACUUGACAAGGCUGUCGCCCGCUCCAAGUAUGAGGAAGAUGUGCUUAUCAAUAACCACACUUGUAUAUGGGGCUCCUACUGGAAGGAUGGCUUCUGGGGAUACAAGUGUUGUCACUCCAUGGUGAAGAAGAGUUACUGCACAGGAGAGGCUGGAAUUAAAAUUAACAACACAGACUGUGUUCCAUUUGAAGAAGGACUAAAAGAGCCAGAAGAACAAGAAGAACAGCCCAAGUCUCUGCUGGAAAUGCAUAGAGAUAAGAUGAAAGACAAGAAGAAGAAAAAGAAGAACAAAAAGAACAAGAAGCACAACUCAGACAGCAGUGACUCAGAGGAUGAAGAGAAGAAGAAAGAGAAGCUGAAGAAGGCUCUUGAAGCAGAGGACAAGUGGGUGAAGCAUGUAGAAGCAAUAAUGCAGUUAGAUGAGAGAAAGAGGCCUUACAACAGCCUGCAGGAAGUAAAGGCACCCACUGAAGAGGAGCUGGAAGCCUUCCGUAUGAAACGCACCAGGCCAGAUGAUCCCAUGGCUUCCUUCCUGGGGCAGUGACCCCGUCUUAAUCUCUGAUGAUUCCUUUCAUCUCCCUGCAUGAACUCGACUAGAGCAGCUGCUCGGUUUGGAAAAAAAAAAUCUUGACACAUAAAACUCAGUUUUGAUCUUGUAAACUUAUACCAGUGCUGUGUUUUGUGUACAAAUGUUAGAGAAGCAAUAUACAGCAUUUUGCAAAGAUUUUCUUUGCAAAGUGAUUCUUGUUUUGUUUUGCUCUUAUUUGCAGUUUCCUCUGUUCCCUCUUCACAGUAAUUCCUUUCACUGCUACUACUGUAGUGAUGUAUGCAUUUUUACAAUAAACUUUGUCUGAAUUCA